AUGUCUUUGACAUCAGCUUUAACAGUGAUAGAGCCUAAUUUGACAACUACUUUAAAAAUAUGGCCGUUUGUAUAUGAACAUUUAGCAGAUCCUCGCACCCAGGACUGGCUGUUGGUGUCCUCAUUUAAACCCAUAUUAGCCUGGAUAUCUUUGUAUCUUCUAAUGGCAUUUUAUUUGCCCAACUUUGUAAAAAGUUACAAACCCCUUAAACUACAACCUGUUCUUAUUGUCUACAAUUUAACAAUGGCUUUUAUAAAUUUUCACAUUUUCAAAGAACUAAUCAUAAAUGCUCGACAUUUAAACUACAAUUACUGGUGUCAACCCUGUCGCGUUCUCUAUUCAAAACAUGAAAUUAAAUUGGCCUCUGCUGUUUGGUGGUUCUUUUUCUCAAAACUUUUGGAAUUUUCCGAUACUUUAUUUUUCAUUUUGAGACACAAAUGGGAUCAAUUAACGCUCCUGCAUAUUUAUCAUCACAGUACGAUGUUUCCAUUGUGGUGGAUUGCUAUUAAAUGGGUGCCAACGGGAUCAUCAUUUUUCCCCGCUUUAAUAAACUCCCUUAUCCAUGUCAUUAUGUACACUUAUUAUGGUUUAAGUGCUGGUGGGCCGGUCAUACAAAAAUAUUUAUGGUGGAAAAAAUAUCUAACCGGCAUUCAGUUGCUACAAUUUACCACCGGCUUGCUGUGGGCUUUGCAGGCCAUUGCCACUCAAUGUGAUUUUCCAUUAUGGAUCAACUGUGCAACCAUUAUCUAUAUGAUUACAUUUUUAAUACUUUUCGGACGUUUUUAUAGACAAAAAUACACCACUAGUAAAACGUCAUCAUUGAGGCUCAAAAAAUCCACAAAAUCAAUGUAAUAAUUAAGUUAUAGAAA